CAAAAGUUUCGUAACAACACACAUUUACGUAAGUUCUGUGUGUACAAGAAAUACGAAAAGCAUAGAUGUGUUAGAUUGUCUCUACGUUAUCGACGAUUUUUGGAAUUCGUCAUUUGUUUCAGCAUCCCCUUAACUUUUAGGAAUUCGUCAAAAACUUGUUCCUUCAUUAGAUCAUUGGCUGACAUUCCAACACUGCAGAAUAAAGUAACACUGAAGUAUAUUAAAACAACACGUUAAUGCAUCCCCACUUUUAUACCACACCAUACUGGCAGAAACGAUAUUUAUCUAACUUCUUUUCGACAUUAACAUCUGAAGUUCGAUUCAGGGCAUAUGUGUAUUACAUAUGUGUAUUAAUUCAAACUACCAGCAUAGUGCAUUAAAAGCUCGGACUAUUAACGUAUUGUUUUAACACACUUCAUUUCGUAGUGACACUGCAAAAAAAAAGUAGUGUAUGGAAAAAGUGAGUGUGUGUGAGUUUCGAAACCAUUUUGAAACUCAGUGUACAUGCACACAUAUACGUAACAUGCACAUACGGCAAACACACAUAUACACACACAUACGACAUGAAUAUAUUGUGAUCGCGCGUGCACUUCGUAGACAGGUGCAUGCGGCUACGAAGGAAACUUUUAUUAUUGCGUACACCGUGUAUUCAUGCGCUGACGAAGGACAAAUUAUUAUUACGAUUAAUGGACUAUCGAACACCGGAAGAAAUACCGUUCGCCGAUCGAUGCUACCGAAAUUCCGCCGCUUGAUCUUCACGGAAUUCGGCGCAUUUGAGCAAUCCUUUUGUACCUUCAAUCGUAUAUCGAUUCGCGGUUUUUUGGCAUUGUCAAUAAAAAUUCGCGCGAUUGCCAUUACACCGUUGCUACCUUUCGAGAGUCCUCACUUCUGCGGACUUUUGUAUCUCUCGGUCGGCCGUCAACGAACGUUCUCGGACAAGUGCAAUUGCCGGAUUAAUUAAGGCUGAAUCGAAGAGACCAAGCUGAUGGCUCGUCUUCUCAUUUCAGGAGACGUCCAAUUACUUCCAGUGUCAAUUUCCUCAUUUUGUCUCGUGGUCAGACGAUUCGUCCAGUCCUGCAUCAAGAUUUGCGAUUAAAGGGCAAACAAACGAUUAGCGAGCGGUCCCUUCGUCGCAAAGCGCAGAGAUUUUUCUCGACAGAAAAGAGAGAGAGCGAGCGAGAGAGAGAGAGAGAGAGUGUGUGUGUGUGUGUGUGUGUGUGUGUGUAUGUAUGUGAGACGAGCAGCGUGAUCUUCGUCUCUUCGAUCAUUACCGCGAGAUCGAUUUUACUGAAAAUAACGAAUCAUCGUGCCGUAUUAUGUAUAGAGGUUUUAAGGAGAAGCCAAGUUACAGCAAGCACACUUCUACAAUUCAAUUGUACACUUCCUGUUCACUCAUUUGUCGUUUGUAGAUAGUUUUCGGGCAACUUCUGGAAGAAAAAAUGAAUUACUAUUCUAGCAAAUUAACGAGAAAUAUCAUUACAAUAGUUUUCCGUAUUGAUGAAUGUAUGUAUAUGUACACAUAUACAUAUGUAUAUAAAUUGUAAACUUAUUACGUUUAUGUUUCAUAAACGAAGAAACGAAUCGAAAAGAUUUGGGAGAUUAUUAAGCCAAUCAUUAGUUUUCAAGAUUAACCAUCGACAAUUUUACGAAAAACAACGUUCUUUUGAUAUUUCUCGCAGAGAGCGCUGUCGUGUUUGGAAAAAAAUUGCAAAAGAGUUUCGUUUGAGCGAAUAAAAAUAAGUGAAGAAGGAGUGUAAACGAAAGAAAUGUCCGCGGGUGUUCGGCAUUCAUGUAACUUUGAUUUUUGCGCUCGAUCGAGAUUUCGAAUCGAUUGGAAUCGAGAGAGAGACGCGAUUGCCCUUCGGGUGCGUGAAGCCGAUGGUGUAACAAAUGUUUACUCGCUUCUUUGCGCAACGGUCAUCCUCAUAUUGUACCGUUAAUUUGCUACAACUACCAUGUAAAAUCAUUUAUAUUUGCAUAUGAUUAAUAUGUUUUAAUUAUAAGAUAUUGGCUUUUUUGUCCCUUGGAGAAUCACCUCAUCCAUCACACAGAUUCCCGUCUAUUUCCAAAUCACGCCAAGCUCGAGUGAAGAAAGACGAAAUGACAUACUGUACGUGGUGAUGGCGCACGUAUGUAACAAUUUCAUGAGGAUACGGUGUUUCAGCAAUUGUCAAAGAAGGAAUACAUGAGUUACGUACAUUACAGAUACAGCCGGUAGUAGGACAAUGCCGUCCUUGCGACUCAUUGGUGUAUAAGUACCGGGGAGUUCCUCGACGGGAUCGAAUACAUUUUCUCGAAAUUUCGUAUUAACAUUCUCCAUUAUAGUAAAAACAAUUUUCAAACAAGUUGGCUACUAUUUAAGGACCAGCAAGAUUGUGGAGACCUCUCGCGGAGACACCUGAACUGCAAAUCAGGAUGUACAGGAUUUCAUAUGUGGCCUUCUUAUCCUGAGUCGCUAGUCAACUUGACCCGGAAUAAGAUGAUCACGCAGCAGCAUGUUCGUAUUUCGGUUAUUACAGAAGAAGCAGGCUCAUUGCAAGCGUUUAAAAUAUCAAAAAAGAUCCACGGAUCGUCCGAGGAGCGUGCGAAAGAUUUCGCGCGUAUUCGAUAUCGUCGAGAACGGGAGCAUCGCGUCGACUGGCAGAGUCGUGCAUCCGUCACCUGACGUCAGCUAGUGACCAGGUGGAAGUCGCGGCAGAAAGAUACUAGCGCUAGAUACAGAGAGGAAAACUAGCGCCCUUAACGCAUGUCAUCGCUCCACCACGGGUGCAAAUCGCGCAAGCGUCUCGACGGCGUUACACGUGCGCCAGGACGUUCCAAGACGACGACGUCUUGGUCUCAUUGUCCGUGUGCAGUGAUAAAUGCACCGCUGUCGCGGAUGACAUCCCGCGUCUUCUUCAAAAUGACGGUCACCUGGAUCGCUUUGUUAGCCUUUGGUGUCGUCUGCCACGGUCUCCCCGUGUCUGAUGAGAGUCCCGUUGACAAGAGCACGAUCGCAAAUGACAAUGCCGCAAAUGUCGCGGAAGAGACCACCGUUCCUGAAACGAAGGGCCAUUCCAUGGACGAUGUAAUGCCAGGGACGAAGCCGCCGCCGACCUCUGUGGUAUUCAUCGACGUCCCGGAGCACACGGAAACGGAACUCGGCUCGUCUGUUCUGUUGGCAUGCCGGACUGCUAAUCCUGUGGCCGAGUGCCAAUGGUCCUGGCAGCCAUUGCCACCGGUUCACUUGCCGCUUCCGGACGUUAGUGAAAGCCCACCGGUUUCUACGACCACGGAGAUCUCGUCGAUCUCAACUACGGCGACUCCCACGACUCAUCCGUUGCCAGUACGACAGUUUCCAGCAUUCGGGAAUAACAGCAACGAUUGUUCCGUGAGAUUCUCUAGCACCAAGCACGAGCAAACGGGAUACUGGACCUGCGCGGCGAGAGUCUCCACGAAAGAUCCUUUCACCAGCACAGAACCAGCCAAGCUCGGCAUUGUCAAUGCUAAUCACGGCAUCCUCAUCACGUUCGUGAAGCAUGAAAAUAUCAUCGAGGUGCCGGCAGGAUCCUCGGCGCAGAUAAUGUGCCAGACGAAGUCACCGGUUCGGGAAUGUCAGUGGUCUUGGCGACAACUGAACCAGUCGCAGCCCUGGAACCUCGACGUGAAAUCGUUUCCAGCCUUCGGUAACGAUAGCACGGAAUGCAGUAUCAAGUUCAAAAACGUCUUGCCUGAGCAAGAAGGCUACUGGACUUGCGGAGCGCGAAUCGACCCGAAUUCCUCCUUCACCCAAUCAAUUCCCGUUCGAUUCCUCAUAUCGGAAGUCGAGUUCGUACAGCUGUCACGCGGCGUGCAGGUUGCUGCCGGCGAGUCGGUCUUUCUGAGGUGCCUGGCGAACAAGCCGGUGGUACAGUGCGAAUGGUCGUGGAGGGCGUCAAAUUCAAGUAAAGAACCGUUAUUGAUAAAGAAGUUCGGGCCGAACAAGGACGCCGAGCACGAUUGUUCUGUGCGAUUCAAGAAUAUACUAUACGAGGAGGAAGGAUUAUGGACUUGUGGAGUUCGUUUGACGCCCGAUGGAAUCCUGCACACGGCUCCUGCGGCCACUGUCAGCCUUUUGCCCACUGCUAAAGUGAGUUUCGUCCAAGUGCCAACGGACACGGCGGUGCUGGUAGGCACAGAAGCUACGCUGAAAUGCAUCACUAGUAGUCGCGUGGAAAAAUGCACCUGGACCUGGAGACCACUCCACAGCAGCGAUCCUGAGAUCGUCGUUGAAGAAUUCCCAAGUAACGGCGACCUUGGUCGCGACUGCUCGCUGCAUCUUCCGCAUGUGUAUACGGAAAAGCAAGGUCAUUGGGGCUGUCAAGUAUCGAUCGCUUCGCUCAACACUGUCCUGACAUCGCCACCUGUCAAACUCACUGUUUUCGAGCAAGACGAAGUCAAGUUCUCAGAGUUGUCGCAAGACAUCCAGAUUUCGUCCGGCGGCAGCGUCCUGCUGCGUUGCGUAACCUCCUCGGCGGUGGAGCAGUGCCGUUGGUCUCUCACCCCGGUGAACUCCAACACCACGGUGGUGGUGAAGCAGUUCCCAGCGGCUGGAAACGAGGCGCGAGACUGCAGCGUCCGUCUCAGCCACGCUCUCGCUGAACAGGAAGGGCUCUGGACCUGCGGCGCCAGGAUACGCGGUCGGCAGAACUACACGGAUGCGCCGCCUGCGAAACUAAGCCUCCUCGAGCCAGAGCCGGUCACUGUCGCGGUAUGGGCCGCGCCUCAUCAGAUGGUCACUCUCGCAUGUAGAGUAGGGUCCAUAUCGUCAGAGGCCAAGUGCCAUUGGAUACACGCUCCGAAAGUUCACAUACAUCAAAAUUCCAGCAAGCUCGCUAAAAGGACGAGGCACAACGUGCAAAUGGAUUACACUACUGGUAUAUGUAAACUGGUCUUCAAACCGGAUCAUUCCGAUCUAGGACAAUGGACUUGCAGAUUCACUCUCGCUAACGAGAACGCCGAAAUAGAGAUAGGAAGCGCGACGCUCGUUCUGCUGAAUACUUUGGCAGAUGAAAAACUAGGGUGGAUCGUGGGUGCUCUAACAGCUAUGAUCCUGUUCCUGAUGAUAAUAGUCGUGGUGCUGGUAGUAUGCAAGGCGCGUAUCUUUAUCCGUAAGACACCGGAGAUCCUGGAAACCUUACCUUCUGGUGAGAGGAAACGGGGCGCAAGAUGCUACGACAACAGAUACGCCGAGAGUUCGGAGAAGAUCAAUUUUCAAUUUUCGACCGCAGAAAGUAGUCAUGGGUCGAGUAUCGACAACGUUCUGCCGAAUCGGAGCCCGCGCGCCUAUAAUCGUGCAGAGAAAACUCACAGGACGUCCAAAAUAUACGAAAAUAUUGGAUUGUAAUGUUAUUUCUGCUGAUAUGAGACAUUAUGCCUGUAUCAGAGAAAACGAAAUAAAUAUUUUAAUACUUUUGUAUAUAGAAUAAGAUGAAACUGUUUGUAAAAAGAGAAAAAAGCAUGUAAAAAUUGCAGUUUGCACUUUGCAAACUUAUUGAUGCACCUGUGUACAAAAAUUAAGAUUACUGAUAGAUUUGUCAUUUUACGUACAAAAAUAUUUAGAUGAGACUGUUGAAAAGAGAGUUUUUGAAAUAUUUCAUAUCUUGUGUACUGGAAAAGAUCUGGAUAAAAUAUAAAAUAUUUUGGACACAUUUUUCGCACGCGAUAAUGAGAAUGAGGGAUCGAGUUCCAGCGAGUAGUGGACAGCUGAAUUCGUCGCCCUUAAUAACGAGUAAACGAAAAAAAGGAAGGGAGUUGCAAAUCAGCCUUCGAGCCAGGUUGAAGUGUAACGUGUCGGUCCGCAAGAUUUUUAGAAAUUAUAUUUAUUAGCACAAGAGUCUGUAAAUAGCUUGAUUAAACGCCUAGUUAUUUUUAUAAAAAUAUGUUCUUUAUUU